GGGAAGCCAUGAUUACAACUAGCAGGGAGUAGCGUAAGUGCAAUACUAUGCACAAAAGCACUUUCGUCACGAAAUCCAACAAAGAAGAAAAGAAAGAUCGAAUGUAGUUGUUAAGUUGAAAGCAUAUUUUAUUCAUUAUGCAUAUUAUUAUUUAAUCAAUACAUGUGUUCCCUGAUAUAGUUUGUAAAUAUACGUAAUAACAAUGUAAGAUUUGUUGAAAGUGUUCCUUUAUAUCGGUAGCUAUAUUAACGCCAUUUAUAUCUCAGUGGCGGCAAAUGCUAAUGCUAUCAACAAUGCUAACAUGUGGAAAAAGAUUAAUUUGGAUUUUAUCCUUUUUAACUGAAUGUUUAUCAUGAUCGCGUGGAUAUCGGAAGCUCUCGUGUGGAAAAUGCAUUUGCCCAUCGACUUAACUGUAAGGAAUUUUUAGGAUAUCUACAACAGGAAUGUUAUUAGAGGUGAAGUCCUGUGUUGUAACAAGGGUUUGGGAAAAAUCGUUGAGUAACUCGGGACCAAAUGUCAACGAACGACGACUUUGAAAAUGACAUUUGGGAUUACAAACCACUUAAGAAAAAGAAGAAACAAGAAUCACUUCUUGUCCCCAAAACGGUGUCCAAGAGAAGAUGCACAACCAGAGGAGCAAACCAGGGACACACUUCUUCCUCUGCUCUAUCUCCUAUAAAUAAGACCAACUUUAUUGCAAAAUCAAGCGUAAAAUCUGAACCAGUGCCUGUUUUAAUAAAAGGAGAAAACGACUUUUUAGAUACAUCGAAUGCACAGUUAAAUAUUUCAAGUAAUGAAACUGUUUACAAUGGCAAUAACAAUGGCGAGGAGGAAUCAGCUGGAGACUACUGUCCUGUGUGUCAGAUGCCAUUUUCCAUUCUGGUGGUGCAGUCUCAGAGAUGGCAUGUUGUUGACUGUCUUGACUUCUGCAGGAAGUCAUGUAAAGAGUGCCCCGAAGGCCUCCUGUGCUCCUCUACCUUUCCAAACCACUAUAGAAACUUUAACCACACUCUUCUUGCACAAAGUCGAGCCAGUGAAGAUCUGGUUCUGCAUCAGACAACCCCAAGAGACACUAAUCUAAUUGGACCCGCAAUUACAAAACACGGCAACCACAGUGGACCUGUAAAUAAUCAUGUGGACCAAGUGGAUUGUUCCGCUUUGAAGACUUCACAAGACAAUGUCCCCAUACACUCUUUGCCUUCUUCCCCUAUUAAUAAUAACCAAACUAAAUCACCCAAUAUUCCCAAUGGCCUCCUCCUACUGCGCUCACCUGCACCUCAAGAUUUAAAGAAAAAGAAAGGCUGGUCCUCUCCUAAAGUCCCAAAAUCUGUCAGCUCUGGCCAAGAAAGUAAAGCAGAGACACCUGUCAAAAAAGUCAGUGAUAUUCAAGCUUGUACUAUUAUUCUUAAAAGUGCACCUUCACCUUUGGAAAGUGAUGAUGCAAUAUCCUACUCCCCUCUUUCCGAGCUCCCAGCAGAGGUUGAAACUAAUCAGGCUGGUCCUAGAAAAACACUUUUUGAUAGUGACCCAGGUGGUAAAGAGAAUGAAGACUCUUUUGUACCACUUAAUGAUAGCGAAGAUGAUGAUUUAUUUGCUGAAUUACUGGACAGUUUGGAUAAAGAGGAGGCAACAGUAUCUUCUUCAUUUAACACCCAGGUGUUUUCAGUUACCUCAUUACAGCAAACCAAUCAGGAGACUCUAAACAAUGCAACUUACAAAUGUGAAAAGGAAAAGCCCGGAUCAUCCACCAGUGUUGGCUCUAGUGAAAACAGCAUUCAGUCACCACAGAGUAUUGUCCUGGAGCGUUUGAGGGACACCAUUUUAAACACAGAAAAGCCAUUUUGUGAAGGCGUUAGUAUUCAGUCAGCUAAGACAAAUUCAGAAAUGCCUUUAUCUGAAAAAAUUACAGUACAGAAGACCCAAAGCAAACAAGCUCAACCUGCCAUCUUAAAACAAACUGAUAUUGGAGUGUUUUUUGGACUUAAACCACUCAAGGACAAAGAGACAAGACAUCCAGCUCAAGAACCACAACCCUUCUUAACUGAAGAGGAGAAGAAAGGAGCAAAACCACAAAAGAAAACCAGGCAAAAGAUGAGUCAGGCCACAACAUCCGCAGGGAGUUCACAAAGCACAGUGGCUACAGUAGAAAGUAGCACUGGAGGAGAAGCUAAAAGAGCUGGGACCAAAGGGUGGAGAAGGAGGACCAAUGCAGCAGCAGGGGAUGGAAAUUACCCACGUUGUCCAUUUUAUAAGAAGAUUCCCGGAACAAAGUUUGUUGUAGACGCCUUCCGGUACGGGCCCGUAGAGGGGAUCACCACCUAUUUCCUAACACAUUUCCACUCGGACCAUUACGACGGACUAAAUAAAAACUCAACACUUCCCAUCUACUGUAAUAAAAUAACAGGGAACCUGGUGAAAAGCAAACUGAGGGUCCCAGAGCAGUAUGUGCACAUACUACCAAUGAACACAGAGGUCACUGUGGAGGGAGUCAAGGUCAUUAUGUUGGACGCAAACCAUUGUCCAGGAGCUGCGAUGCUGCUUUUCAUUCUACCUGAUGGGCAGACAGUGCUUCACACUGGAGAUUUCAGAGCCGACUCAUCAAUGGAAUCCUACCCUGAGCUAUUGAGCUGCAGGGUCCAGACACUCUACCUGGAUACAACAUAUUGCAGCCCAGAGUACACUUUCCCAAAACAACAUGAGGUCAUUAACUAUGCAGCCAACAGGGCCUUUGAGUUGGUGACACUUAACCCACGCACCCUGGUGGUGUGUGGCUCUUACUCUGUGGGGAAGGAGAAGGUCUUCCUGGCUCUUGCAGAUGUCCUGGGAUCUAAAGUAUGCCUCUCAAGGGACAAGUUCAACACCAUGUGCUGUCUGGAGUCAGAGGAAGUUAAACGAAGAAUAACCACAGACUGGAAAUCAGCUCAGGUCCAUGUAUUGCCUAUGAUGCAACUGUCCAUCAAGAAACUGCAAGAUCAUUUAGCUCGCUUCUCAACCAAAUAUGACAAGCUGGUGGCCUUCAAACCCACUGGAUGGACGUUCAGCCAGCAGGUGGAGUCCGUGGAGGACAUUAAACCCCAUAUUAGCGGCAACAUCUCUAUAUAUGGGAUCCCAUAUAGUGAGCACAGCAGUUUUCUGGAGUUGAAGCGCUUCGUGCAGUGGUUGAGGCCAUUAAAGAUCAUUCCCACAGUGAACAAUGGGCGCUGGGAGACCAGGAAGGCCAUGGAGAGGUGUUUCAGUGAAUGGAUGGGGGAAUCGGGAAUGGCUAAACUCUGAUAAACACUUUUAUACUUCUUAAUAAACUGUAUUCAGGAGUUUCAGGCGAAUGAUUCCUUCCUAAUUUUAAGGAUUUUGUGAAGACCUUUCCCCAUUCUAAAGAUAUAUUUCGAUUUCAAGCGCGUGGUUGCUAUAACCAUGGAGGACCAUUGUCAUGCCAAAUUCUCCGAAACAGGAAGGAAUACUUAUGCCUGAAACUCAUAAAGUUGAGUUGAAACAUCAUAUCGUGAGAAGUAAUAGUACAAUAAUGUGUAUUACUAUUCACUUUUAUUGUUUUAUGGUACUUGCAUAAUAUAUUCAUCAGCAUUCAUUUCAGAUAUUCUGAAAUUAGAAUGUAUUCCACAUUUCUGUUUACAACUGUAAAAUGGUCUGUUUUCAUAAUAACUUUUAUUGCUGAAGAAAAUAAAUGUUUUAAUAUUCAACA